UUGGCGACGACCAGAUCCAUCCUGGUCCUUGUUUACGCGUUUGCGGCGACUGAGCAGGAGAUCCAUCCCCAUCCCCAUCUCGCUUCUCACUCCCACUCUCCAUCGUCUCGCAGUGCACGCGUCGCCGGCGUCCGAGCCUCACCUCGCCGGGCCAGGUGCCGGCUUACUCCGCGGUCGCCGUCGUCCGCCCAUUCCGCGGCGGAUCCAUCCUGCUAGCCAGCUUGCUCCAGAUCGACGAUGCUGACGAAAUAACAAUCCACUGUUCACCUGACACGCCGACCAUCUCGCCGGCGCCCGAGCUCCCACCCCCAUUCUCCUCGCUUGGCGAGGUGCCGGGGUUAACGCCGCGGCCGGAUCCAUCCUUUGAGGUAUGUCACUGUUCACCGUCAGUGCGCUUGGCUCUGAGUUGCACGACAUUCAGGUAUGAACCAAUAAAAACUCAGCUUCCACAUGAGAGAUUUGUAACUAGCUGUUCAGUGUUAUAAUCCCUCCUCUUUUUCAGGUUGUCAAUUUGUAGUUAGCUGCUUACUGUCAGUGCAUUCUGCAACCACGCACAAUUUUGACUGGCCAUUUUUGGUGCAGCAAUGGUCUGGCUCACCUCUGUUAAUCUAUCUUCUUUCAGGGUUCAGAUGGACGACGCGGAGAAUAAAUCAAAUCCACUGUCCACUUGCACUGCGAAUCGAGCGAACUGCGGCGCUGGUCUGCACGACAAAUCAGCUUGCCGAUUUGUAGCUGGCUGUUUACUAUCAGUGCAUUCAUCAACUGAGCUCCACGAACUGUUGACUGGCCGAGCUCUGAGCUAGCAUGGCCAUGGAGGCUGCACUCGUCAGCGUGGCGACGGGGGUCCUCAAACCUGUCAUAGGGAAGCUGACCGUCCUGCUCGGCAAUGAGUACAAGCGUUUCAAAACAGUUCGAAAGGAGAUCAAGUCUCUCACUAAUGAGCUUGCCGCAAUGGAGGCUUUUCUCCUCAAGAUGUCGGAGGAGGAGGAUCCUGAUGUGCAGGAUAAAGUCUGGAUGAAUGAGGUGCGGGAGCUGUCCUAUGACCUGGAGGACGCCAUCGACGACUUCAUGCAAAGCAUCGGUGACAAAGACGAAAAGCCAGAUGGCUUCAUCGAGAAAGUGAAGAACCCACUAGGGAAGUUGGGGAAGAUGAAGGCUCGUCGUCGGAUCGGCAAGGAGAUUCAGGAUCUGAAGAAACAAAUCAAAGAGGUGGGUGAGAGGAAUGCAAGGUACAAGGGUCGUGAGGCCUUCUCCAACUCCAAGAAUGCAACCGUUGACCCUAGAGCCCUUGCUAUCUUUGAGCAUGCCUCAAAGCUCGUCGGAAUUGAUGAGCCCAAGGCUGAGAUAAUCAAGCUGUUAACAGAAGAGGAUGUUCGUGCUUCAGAGCAACAACAACAACCAAAGAUAGUCUCCAUCACUGGACCUGGAGGAAUGGGCAAAACAACUCUUGCAAACCAAGUGUAUCAAGAGCUAAAAGGAAAAUAUGAGUGUUGGGCUUUCAUCUCAGUUUCACGAAAUCCAGACAUGACGAAUGUCUUGAGAACCAUUCUAAGUGAAGUGGCUAAGAAAGACUAUGCUACCACUGAAGCUGGGAAUAUACAACAACAAAUCAUCAAGAUCAUAGAUUUUCUAGCAGACAAAAGGUACUUUGUUGUUGUUGACGAUAUAUGGGACGUGGAUACGUGGGAUAUUAUUAAGCGUGCAUUCCCCGCUACAAGUUCUACCAGUAGAAUAAUCACCACCACUCGUAUGAACAGUGUCGCUCAUUUAUGUUGUUCAUCAUUCAAUGGUCAUAUUUACAAUAUAAGGGCUCUUGAUAUGGUGCACUCAAGGCAGUUAUUUCACACAAGAUUAUUUAAGUCCGAUGAAGAUUGCCCUUCAUACCUUCAAGAAAUUUCUAAGCAAAUAUUGCAAAAAUGCGAUGGGUUACCUUUGGCGAUCAUUGCUAUAUCUGGUUUGUUAGCUAACACAGAAAAAACAGAGGUUCUGUGGAAUCAAGUGAAAGAUUCAAUUGGUCGUACACUUGAAAGGAAUCCUUGCGUCGAAGGAAUGAUGAAGAUAUUGUCACUUAGUUAUUUUGAUCUGCCUCCUUAUUUAAAAACUUGCCUCUUAUACCUGAGCAUGUAUCUAGAAGAUUCUAUUAUUGAGAAGGAGGACCUGAUAAGAAGAUGGAUUGGUGAAGGAUUCAUUCAUAGAGAAGGCAGAUACACGGCAUAUGAGGUAGGAGAAAGGUGUUUUAAUGAACUACUCAAUAGGGGUUUGAUCCAACCUGGGGGGACAGAUAUCUAUGGCGAAGUGAAGAGUUGUCGGGUUCAUGACACAAUUCUUGAUUUCAUCAUAUCCAAGUCCAUAGAAGAGAACUUUGUUACUAUACUUGGGGUUCCCACUAUGACAAUUGUAAACCAAAGCAAAGUUGUUCGUCGACUCUGUCUACAAGGUGUCGAGGAAGGAAAUUCAGCAGUAUUGAUCGCAGAUCUCGUGUUUUCCCAUGUUCGAUCACUUACUAUGGUUAGAGGUCUGUUGUCAAUUCCUUCUUUGGAGGAGUUCAGACAUCUGCGUGUUCUCAACUUGAAGGAUUGCUCCGAAUUGGAAGAUCAACAUCUUGAAAAUAUAGUGAGGUUGUUCCAGCUGAGGUACCUGAAUCUCAAACGUACAGGAAUAAGCAAGCUCCCAGAACAAAUUGGGCGUUUAGGAUGCUUAGAGGUGCUGGACCUAAGAGAGACUUCUAUACGAGAAUUACCUGCAUCUAUUGUUAAUCUCAGAAAAUUGGUGCAUCUACUUGUUGAACGUGAUGUUAAAUUUCCUGAUGGGAUUGGAAAGAUGCAAGCACUGGAGACGUUGAAAUAUGUUGAUGCCUCCAUUCAGCCAUUAUACUUCCUGUGCGGCCUUGGUCAAGUAAUGAAUUUGAGGAGUCUGAAGCUUAUCCUUGAAAUUCCUCUUGGGGAGGAGCACAACAAAGCUCUUGUCUCCUCUCUGUGUAAUCUAGGCACCCAGAAUCUCCGCUCCCUGGCUUUUGGGGAUCAGAGCGGCCUCUUACAUGAGGAAUCUUUGUGCCUGCCUACCCUCAAUGACCUUUCUAUCUGUUUUCCGGCCUUCCCACAGGUUCCGACAUGGGUAGGCUCCCUCAAAAACCUCCAACGGCUACGCCUUUUUGUGAAGGUGCUCAAGCAGGACGACCUCUGCACCCUUGGGGCUUUACCCAGUCUGCUCGUUCUGUAUCUGGUGGGAAAAACAGAGUCAAACGAAAAGCUCAGAAUCAGUGGUGAUGUUGGGUUCCGAUUCUUGAAGAUUUUUAUUUAUGCUGGAUGUUAUAAACCAGUAGAUCUGAUGUUUGGGACAGGGUCCAUGCCAAAGCUGGAAAAACUCGAGUUUAAUUAUAUUUGCUUAGUUGAAGCUAACUCUCUGGGCUUUGGAAUUGAGAACCUCCCUUGCCUCACUAGUGUCAAAUGCAUUACGGUUUGGGGUGAUGAUGGCAUUGUUGAAGCCGUGAAGACUGCCAUGGAGAGAGCAGCCAGCGCACAUCUUAACCACCCUAGUCUACUCUUUCAGAGAUUUCGCCCGUUACCCCCCCCCCCCCCCCCAGCUUGGAUAGACUUCGCCCGUUCUCAAGUUUAAUAGUGCUUGGCUCCAUUCAUCUCUGUUUUAUGAUACACUAUUCUCUCAGUCGGAUAAUAAUGUUGGAUAAUGAUACAAAAUUGUAGAAUUGGUUAAGACUGCUACUGUACUGCAUUUUCUGUAAUAAUCGGUCAUCCGUACGUGUUGAUGGUUUAAUAUUAUUGGGCGACCAUUCGUAGUCGUCAUUCUCUA